GUGCAUAUUGACAACACAGUGCGGGGAGGGAGUGUUUGUGGGACCAGUUUGAGCCUCUAUAGGCCCAUGGGUAUUUAUCUUAAUCGCAAGUGAACAUGUUGUUAAACCUUGGCGUGUCAUGAACGAGACAAUGAAGGUACAAGCCUUGCAGUGGUGGUGGUAGUGGUGGAGACGGACCUUAGCAUGGGUGUCCUCGUGCGCGUCCCAACACAGAAGACUGCCAAAUUCAAGAACGCUGUGAGGCUAAAAAACUCAAUCUGUAUUCGGACUGAGCACACUAAAGGGGUCCUUACCUUUUCCCCGGCGUCGUUCGAACCACUAUCCGAGGCUCCGACUCGUGAUUCGAAUCUUCUACCUCACCGUGCAAAUGGUUCUCCAGGCAGAAAAACAAUCUGCAGCGUCGAGGUUCCGCCAGUUCAGAAGACAAUAAUAAAAAUCGCCGUCUUGUCUUCGGCCCAGGAGACCUUUUACCUCCAGACCAGAGAAAAAAAUAAUCCCAAAGUUCUCGGAGACGAAAAAACAAAUUCGCCAACACGUUUUUCUCAGCAACCUAAACAGGCCAUAAACUCGACAGCCUUUCCCAGGACACAGCUACAUACGGUUUCCGGUUCUUCAGGACCUGAAAGACUUUCGAGAGUAAGUCCGGAAAUCAAUUCAUUGGCUCUCCGGACACCUCGUGAUAAAGAGGGAACUACUUCUUCAGUUUCUCGAACAACGCGUAUUACAAAAAACUGUUCCUCCUCUCAUCCACGAACUGCUGAUACUGUUGAAAUCAAUUCUUUACUUCCACCGAGAACAUCAUCUUAUUUUAUCAAAAAUAACCAAAAUUCGGUUUCGCUAAGGACGUCAAAUACUGCGAAAAUCAAUUCUUCAACUCUCCAAAGGAUUCCCGAUCCUACUGUUGCCAGAUCCUCGACACUCCUCCAAAGGACUCCAGCAAGAGAUUCUCAGAUUCUCCAAGGGAUUCCCGAUCCUGUUGCUGGCAAUACCUCGACUCUCCUCUCAAGGACCCCAGCUCCCCAGGACACUCAUGCGGCCUGCCAGGUGAUGGGGCCCUCAAGAGCUCGGUGGAGCCCCCAGAAACGUGGCCCCGUCAGGUCUCCCCGGCUGCGUCUGGUGCUGGUGGUCCUCCUCCUCGCCGCCUGCAAAGUGGAAGAGCCAUUGACACCACAGAAUAAAGCCAUUCUUUAUCUCUGUUUCACUCGCACCAGUCAUGAGGCACUGUUACCAAUGGUACCAUACUACAGAACCCAUGGUGCCACUAUACAGGGCCACCGGAGCCGCACUACAGAACCCUUGGUGCCACUAUACAGGGCCACCGGAGCCGCACUACAGAACCCUUGGUGCCACACUACAGAGCCACUGGCACUGGGGAUGAUUGCCAACACACCCAAGCAGUAG